ACUCUAAUCCAACAACAAAGGCUUUGGUUGAAAAGAGAAAUAUUGAUAUGGUAGUCUGUGUGGAUGAUCAUGUUGACUUGUCAGGGGAUGAUACUUUAUCAUCAUCAUCAUCAUCAUCAACAGAUGAUAAGGGCCUUACAGAAGCUGGAAAGGUUGCCAAAGUUGUUCAUCUUAUGAAGAACGUGCACUUGUUGUUUGGAAGUGGAAAGCUGAAUAAAUCUGCCAAGAAGCUCAUUGACCUUAUUUAUUUGAUUAAGGAUCAUGAGGAUCCAGAAGCAGUGUGCAGCCGGCGACAGGGUAAGAGUAUGCCUUUGCUGUGUCUUGAUAAAACAUCAGCCUACCUGAUAUGCCAAGGUACGCUAAUCUUUACUGUGGCAUUGAAGAGUCUCAUGAGAGCAGUCCUUGCAUUAAUUGGACUGUUUUAUGUUAUUGAUGUGGAUUAUUCGAAAUCCCAUGAGCUAGGUCUCACGAUGCUCCACAAUUUGUUAUUUAAAGACAUGAACACCCCUGCAGACCUAUAUAACUCAUUUGAGUCUGCAAAACAGGACUAUCUAGAGUUCAAACAGAACUCAUCUGAUGAUUUUUAAAUGUUGAUAAUAUAGAAAUAGAGGGCUUAAGCUUCGCAUUUGAAGACAUCUAGGCUGAGUUGAUUUUUACUUAAAAUUUGGACGGCAUUCCUUCGCAUCCUAUUUUCAUUCCGGCCUCAAAUGAAUCAUUAUACAAUUCACUUCGAACAGAUCACGAUUCCCAUCAUUGCCUCAUAUUUCCCCCUGUCGUUUGCCAUUUCUAACGGAAUGCUUAAGCCCUCUGGCCUUUUUAGUUAUGAUUUGAAUAGUACAAUGUAGAAUUGAGUGCCUGAGGCCGGUUGUACGACGAAGGCGGAUAGCGCUAUCCACCGGAUAGUGUUUUUUUCAUUCGCUCUAAAAUUGCUCGUUGUUUGGCAUAAUCUAGAUUAAAGCUUAGUAAUCUUAAGUUAGGGGACCUCUUUUUGUCGGCUCCAAAUAUUUUAUUUCAUUGCCUUUUAGGCAUGUUUAAAAGGGUUGAAAAAACCACUAUCCGGUGGAUAGCGCUAUCCGCCUUUCGUACAACUGCCCCCUGGACCCUAUAGUUUAAAUGAAACUUGCAUGCAUGCACUUUGGGUAAUUUACUUUCUGCCCUUUCGUAUUAGUGUAGUAUUGUUUUUGUUUUCUGGGGCUUUUAGCAUACCGAAUGUAUUAAUAAAUCUUAAAUAGAACUACAAUAACCUUGAAUUAAAAAAGUGUUGUUUUCUGUAUCAGCGCACCUGCCCCCAAGAAAACCGUUCUUAAAUUGAGAAUAUAAUCUUAACCUUUAUACUUAUUUUAAGAAUAUGUAUUUCUCAUUGUUCUUAAUUUAGGAAAUAUGUUCUUGUAACAAGUAAAAAUGUUCUUGCAUUCUAGGGUUAUUCUCGCAAGAACAAA